CCACCCCAGGUGAGACCACUUUGCUCUCCCUGCCUGCUCCCCUAAUAAGCACCAGGAAAGGAAGAAGUCCUAAGCUGUGCCCAACUGAACAGAGAUAUUCUUCUUCUGUCAUCACUGAGCCAGUAUUGCCUUAUGCCAAGUGUGUUAUGGCUGUAUUCACCUUGUUCAAAAGGAGUUGCUGGCCUGGAAAGCUGCUAACAACAGGAUGCAUCAGGGAGAAGUAUAUAACUAGAUGUUCUGCAGUGGCCCAAAGCUGAAAUGCUUCAAGGACUGGACAUAAACCCAGUUCUGAUGGAAUUUAUGUGCUGUUUGAGUUGGGAAGAUGCUCUAUGGGCCAAAUAUACUUCAGAACGAUUUCGACCUUCAUGAUAUGUUUUGUCAGGAUAGAGUAAAUAAUAGCCUGUCAUCGACUGUGUUUCCAGCCUGUCAAGACUAUUACACACUACUUCUGAGGCUCAGAGUGUUUUCUGAAAAAGUUCUGCAGGGCAGAGCAGUCAAACACUUGAUCACAUGCAGGAGCACAGGAUAGAUGGAGUACAGCUGACUCAACAGCUACAGGGGAUUUGGGUUUUGCAAUGGAACAGGUAUGGUUACUGCUCCUGCUGACGAUUAAAGUGUUCGCAGUGACUGCUCAGUUCAAUGGAUACAACUGUGAUGCUAACCUCCAUAGCAGGUUUCCUGCUGAACGAGAUAUCAAUGUUUUCUGUGGAGUACAGACAAUCACUAUGAAGAUAAAUUUUUGCACAGUUCUUUUCUCUGGUUAUUCCGAGACGGAUCUGGCGCUGAAUGGGAAACAUGGGGAUGCCCACUGCAGGGGCUUCAUCAAUAACAACACCUUUCCAGCAGUGGUCAUUUUCAUCAUCAAUUUGAGUACUCUGGAAUCCUGUGGAAACACUUUAGUGGUAUCCUCAGCUCGAGGUAUCAAUGCUUAUGGAAAUACCUCAGUGGUGCAGAUAGGUAAUGUCUCAGGAUAUAUUGAUACUCCAGACCCUCCAACAAUUAUCAGCUAUUUGCCUGGGCUUCUGUACAAAUUUAGCUGUAGCUAUCCACUGGAGUACUUGGUGAACAAUACACAGCUUGCUUCGUCAUCAGCUGCUAUUUCUGUACGAGAGAACAACGGUACAUUUAUCAGCACUUUGAAUUUGUUGCUUUACAAUGAUUCAACCUACAGCCAGCAACUCCUCAUCCCAAGUACAGGUUUACCUUUGAAAACCAAAAUAUAUGCAGCUGUAAGAGCAACCAACCUGGAUGGCAGGUGGAAUGUUUUGAUGGACUACUGUUACACUACACCAUCUGGUAAUCCUAGUGAUGAACUUCGAUACGAUCUCUUUUUCAGCUGUGACAAGGACCCACAGACAACUAUCAUUGAAAAUGGCAAGAGCCAGAUGGGCCGGUUCUCCUUUGAGGUGUUUCGCUUUGUGAAGCACAAGAACCAGAAGAUGUCUACAGUCUUCCUUCACUGUGUGACAAAGCUGUGCAGAGCAGAUGACUGCCCCUUUCUUGUGCCAAUUUGCAGUAACAGAGAAAGAAGAGAUGUUGGUGGGAGGACAACUUGGACCCCUCAGAGCACCUCUGGCAAUGCUGUGAUCUCUGCUGGCCCCAUCAUUACAAGGAGUGAUGAGACUCCAACCAACAACUCACAGCUUGCUCAUCCCAGUGGACCUCCUUUCCAGCUGAAUGCAGUCACCAGUGCACUCAUUUCAGGCAUUGUUGUUCUAGGAAUCACAAGCAUUUUCUUUUUUGUGUGGUCUCUGACUCUUCUGCACAGGAAGUGGCCCAGCAGCUCAGGCUUGAGUGGCAUCCGAAACCCAGUCUUCAACUAAAAGUGAUAAUUAACUUGCACUUUUUCUUUGGAGUUGCCUUUCUUGUCCAUGAAAUAUGGUUCCACUAAA